AAAACCAAAAAUCAGAAAAAGCCCACAGGAAGCUUAACCAUUCAUCGUCAAGCUCAAAUUCAUCCAUGGCUACCUCAUCUUCUUUCUCCAACUUCCUCUCUUUCCUCUUACCUUCAAAGCCACCUUCACAAACCAAAACCCCACCUGUCCAACUUCCAGUUUCUUCUUCAGUUCAGAAACAAACCAAGGAUGUUGGUUCACUUUCUCUGGUUCCCCAAGCGGGUAACUCCUCCUCGUCUUCAUCCAUUGCAUCUGUAAUCUGUCCCUCUCUGGCUUAUUCCAACACCCUUUUCUUCAGAUCGGCUUACAAUGUUCAGGUGGUUGUGGAUGAAAAUGAGCCUGAGGAGAGGCUGCUUGGCAGGUUCAGGAGGGAGGUCAUGAGGGCCGGUGUUAUUCAAGAAUGCAAGAGGAGGAGGUUCUUUGAGAACAAGCAGGACGAGAAGAAACGAAAAACACGCGAAGCUGCUAAGCGUAACCGGAGAAGGAGGGGUCCAUUUAGAGCCGCACAACCAAACAAGCAGGAUGCACCUUCAGGCAAGAGGGAAGAAGACGAAGAUAACUGGGAUCUGCCAGAGGGAGGCAUUCCAUAUUAAUCACAUUUACCAUCCUUCAACUUCUAAAACUCUUUAACCUUUGUUUUUCCAGAGGGUUUUUGGUCUGUGUUAAGUUGCAUUCAGCGAAUCUUGUUCUUUGGUUCCUUGUUUAUAUUUAUAUAGAGUAAUGAUGUUCGUUCUUGCAUCAAAUCCUGGGGGCAUUUAUGCUGGGUUGUGCAAUAUUAUCUACCAGAUGCAUAGAGAGGGAGGCCUUUCUUGAACGGUAAAUCAUUUUUGUUUCCUUACUCAAUUUGAAAAGCAAAUGCAAUUUGUUGCACAUUUGUGAUCCA